UUACCUAAUUUCAGAAUCACCUACCCAUUGCCCUUUCAUCAAUUCGUCGCGGGCCAAGGAGGGAAGUUCUUCUGCCGCUACUGAGAAAGCGAGCGAUCACAGCGAAGGAUCUCAAGAUUCACCCGAGGCCCAAGCACCAAGGAAGCGGAACGAAGCCAAGCUGACAAACUCGAAGCCGGUUCGACUUCUGAUUCUUCCCCCUUCCCAGGUUGGACUGUUUCAGUUUUGAUAGUUUAAAAUGGGGGGAGGAUUCAGAGUUCUCCAUCUUGUUAGACCAUUUCUAUCAUUUCUACCAGAAGUGCAGACUGCAGACAGGAAGGUUCCAUUUAGAGAGAAAGUGAUAUACACUGUGAUCUCCCUCUUUAUUUUCCUGGUCUGCAGUCAACUUCCUCUCUAUGGAAUACAUUCCACUACUGGAGCAGACCCUUUUUACUGGAUGCGUGUUAUUCUCGCCUCAAAUCGUGGGACUGUUAUGGAGCUUGGGAUUACUCCAAUUGUGACAUCUGGAUUGGUGAUGCAACUCUUGGCUGGGUCAAAGAUCAUCGAAGUGGAUAACAAUGUCCGUGAAGAUCGGGCCCUCUUAAAUGGUGCUCAGAAGCUGUUGGGCAUACUUAUAGCUGUUGGUGAAGCAGUUGCAUAUGUUCUGUCGGGGAUGUAUGGUAGUGUCGGCCAACUUGGAGUAGGCAAUGCAAUUCUAAUCAUUAUUCAGCUUUGUUUUGCCGGUAUCAUUGUGAUAUGCUUAGAUGAACUUCUCCAGAAGGGUUAUGGACUAGGAUCUGGUAUUUCCCUGUUCAUUGCAACAAAUAUCUGUGAAAACAUAAUUUGGAAAGCAUUUAGUCCAACAACCAUCAACAGUGGGCGAGGAGCUGAAUUUGAAGGUGCUGUCAUUGCUUUAUUCCAUCUGCUGAUAACUCGUACAGAUAAGGUCCGAGCUCUCCGUGAGGCGUUUUACCGGCAGAACCUUCCAAAUGUGACAAAUUUGCUCGCUACAGUCUUAGUCUUUCUCAUUGUUAUCUAUUUCCAAGGAUUCCGUAUUGUUUUGCCUGUGAGGUCAAAGAAUGCUCGUGGACAACAAGGCUCAUAUCCGAUCAAGCUUUUCUACACCUCCAACAUGCCAAUCAUUCUACAAUCUGCCCUUGUUUCCAACCUUUACUUUAUUUCUCAGUUGCUGUACAGGAGGUACAGUGGAAAUUUUAUUGUUAAUCUACUUGGUAAGUGGAAGGAAUCUGAAUACUCCGGUGGUCAGUUUAUCCCUGUUGGUGGUAUUGCAUACUAUAUCACUGCGCCAUCAAGCCUGGCAGAUAUGGCAGCCAAUCCCUUCCAUGCUCUGUUUUAUAUUGUGUUUAUGCUGUCAGCUUGUGCACUGUUCUCAAAAACUUGGAUUGAAGUUUCUGGAUCCUCUGCUAGAGAUGUUGCUAAGCAGCUGAAGGAGCAACAAAUGGUGAUGCCUGGUCAUCGGGAAUCAAAUUUGCAAAAAGAAUUAAACCGCUACAUUCCCACAGCGGCUGCCUUUGGGGGCAUGUGCAUUGGUGCGUUGACAGUGUUGGCAGACUUCAUGGGAGCGAUUGGGUCAGGGACUGGAAUUCUGCUUGCUGUCACUAUCAUCUACCAAUACUUCGAGACAUUUGAGAAGGAGAGAGCCAGCGAAUUGGGCUUCUUUGGACUUUAAGCCCGAUCUAUUGAUGUAGUUGCACUUGAUUGGUUGGACCUGUUUGAUCCAGUCUAAAAACCCAGGCCAAGGAGAACUGCGUCCAAACCUGCAUUUUGGUACAUUAGGGAUUUACUUAUUUGUUUGUGUUUAUUUUAUCAAUUAAUAUUUGAUAUUUAUCCUUUUUAGCAGUUGGUAAAGGUGGUUUUGAGUUUGAUUCAAAAUCAGUUCAGUUGUAGGGUCUGAGUAGGAAUUUAAUUUUUCAGUUUCACAAAGUCUAUUUAUUCAUGUAACCCAUCGAUUAUGAGUAGAUUUGAAUGAAUAGAAUAUAGAGUUUUUUUUUUUUAGUAAGAA